GGUCGUGUAUGACGUUAGUAAUUUUAACAUUGAGGUCUGUCGGCAAAAAUUUGUUGUUUUGUUGUUGUUUUUUUUUACCGACCAAAACGGCAUUAGGUUUCUCAAGACAAAUUUUGAUAUUCACACGUUCCUAUUAGGAAUUUAGGUAACUUCACAAAAGAUGGAGAAUGAAAUGUUUUGUAAUACAUGUAAAGUAGGGUUUGCAUCUGAGCAGGAGUUAAAUGAGCACAAUUGGUCUUUGUUGCACCAUAAGAAUGAAGAAUUAUCUUUUACUGAUGGAGUGGAACACUGUCAUACAUGCAAUCUUUGUGAAAAAUCGAUGGACGGUUUUAAAGCUUAUAUUAAGCAUAUCCAUGGAAGUUCCCAUAAAUCAAAGGAAAAUGUUUACAUAGUUGAAAAAAAUAAGCCUUAUAAUACACAGAACGUUAUUGGUACUUGCAAACCUGCACUACCUCAAAACAAGCCUUAUACUACACAGAAUGUUGUUGUUGGUUCUACUUAUCCUUUACUUCCUAACUAUGGAGUUUUUCAGCAAUUACCUUUUAGCUUUUUGAACUUAAAUUAUAAUUCUACUUUUAAAUAUAACAAUCAAUAUCAGAAGAAUAAACCUUAUGCCUCUAAAGCUUCUUUUUCUUCUAAAAAUAACAAGUAUGUUUGGGCAAACAGUAUGGCUCCAAGUACUAAAGGAGUUUUUCACUCAGAAAGUAAAAACAAUUUUAAUAAAAAUAAUUUAGUCGAACCUUGCAUUAAUACACCAUACAACUUAAACCUUGCACGAAAUAGUGAAAAAACGAAUCCAGGUAAUGCGAAGUGCUAUAAAACUUCAACCACGAGUUCAAAAUGCCAUGAAACAUCAAUGAGUACAAAUCUUAAUACAAUACAAAUAAACAAUCAAGAAUUUAAUCAAACAGAUGUUAAUUAUAAUAAGAAUUUUCCAUCUCCUUAUAAAAAUAAUAAUCGUUUUAUAAAUUGCAUCAAAUCUUACGUGAAUCAACAAUCCAAAAACAACUAUGACCUGUUAUUUAUGACUGAGGAUCAAAUUAAAAAAAGGAUAAAAAAUAGAGCUAAAAGGUUUAAAAAAAUGAGCAGAAAAAGAUUCCAUGAAAAAUUAGUAACACAAGAGAGCAAGUUCAAUAAUGAUUCCGUAAUACAAGAGAGAAAAUUCAAUGAUGGUUCAGUGAUACAAGAUAGCAAGUUUAAUGAUGAUUCAGUAAUACAAGAAAGCAAAUUCAAUGAUGGUUCAGUGGUACAAGAGAGCAAGUUUAAUGAUGAUUCAGUAAUAAAAGAGAGCAAAUUCAACGAUGGUUCAGUGACACAAGAGAGCAAGUUUAAUGAUGAUUCAGUAAUACAAGAAAACAAUGGUGAUUCAGUAACUCAAGAGAGCAAAGGUGAUUCAGUAACACAAGGUAUGAUGAAAAGAACACAAGAGAGUAAUGAUUGUGCUUAUUUGCCACCACUAAAAAAAAAGUUUUCUCUAAUUGUUUCUGCUGAAAACAAUCAACUGCUUACAAACAUCAAAGGUUAUCAAUUAACUUCUGAAAACAAUCAACCGCUAACAAACACUAAAAGUCACCAAUUAACUUCUGAAAACAAUAGUUACAACAAAAAUGAUCAAUUGUUUGCAAGUAGCUAUGACGAUAAAGUCAAUUCAAAAAAUAAUUGCAAUAAUGAUCAAUCAACUGUAAAAAUAGGUUGUGGAAAAACUGAUCUAUCAGGUAAAUUUCUUGACAAUGAAAACAACAAAAACUAUCCCUCAACUGGAAAUGAUAUUAAUAACACAGAUCUUUCAGCUAAAAGUUUUAUCAAUCAAAAAAGUACAUCAGUUGCUAGUACCAAAAAUGAUCAAAAAUAUUUAUCAAAUGUGAUUAUCAAUAACAACAAUAAUGUUCAAUCAAUUUCAAAAUACAACAAAAAUGACGUAUUAACUAGCGCCAACAUUAAAACUUCAAAAAACAGCAACAAAAAUGAUCAAUCAGCCACAAAGAACAGUCAUAAAAGCAAUUCAUUAACUACAAAUAAUAACAACAACAAAAGUUAUCAAUCAGCCUCCAAAAACAGUUACAAAAAUGAUUCAUUAACUGAAAAUAGUAACAACAACAAAAACAAUCAGUUAACCACAAAGAACAAUUAUAAAAAUGAGUCAUUAACUGAAAAUAGCAGCAACAACAAAAGUGAUCAAUCAACCAAAAAAAACAGUUACAAAAAUGAUUCAUCAACUGCAAAUAGUAACAACAACAAAAAUGAUCAAUCAGCCUCAAAGAACAGUUACAAAAAUGAUUCAUUAACUGAAAAUAGCAGCAACAAAAAUGAUCAAUCAACCACAAAGAACAGUUAUAAAAAUGAUUCAUUAACUACAAAUAGUAACAACAACAAAAAUAAUCAAUCAGCCUCAAAGAACAGUUACAAAAAUGAUUCAUUAACCGAAAAUAGCAGCAACAACAAAAACGAUCAAUCAACCAGAAAAAACAGUUACAAAAAUGAUUUAUUAACUACAAAUAGUAACAACAACAAAAACAAUCAAUCAGCCUCAAAGAACAGUUACAAAAAUGAUUCAUUAACUGAAAAUAGCAGCAACAACAAAAGUGAUCAAUCAACCAGAAAAAACAGUUACAAAAAUGAUUCAUUAAUUGCAAAUAGUAACAACAACAAAAAUGAUCAAUCAGGCUCAAACAACAGUUACAAAAAUGAUUCACUAACUGAAAAUAGCAGCAACAAAAAUGAUCAAUCAACUACAAAGAACAGUUAUAAAAGUAAAUCAUUAACUAUAAAUAGUAACAACAACAAAAAUUAUCAAUCAGCCUUAAAAAACAUUUACAAAAAUGAUUCAUUAACUGAAAAUACCAGCAACAAAAAUGAUCAAUCGACCACAAAGAAUAGUUAUAAAAACAAUUCAUUAACUACAAAUAAUAACAACAACAAAAAUGAUCAAUCAACGUCAAAGAACAGUUAUAAAAAUAAUUCAUUAACUGAAAAUAGCAGCAACAAAAAUGAUCAAUCAACUACAAAGAACAGUUAUAAAAAUGAUUCAUUAACUACAGAUAGUAACAACAACAAAAAUAAUCAAUCAGUCUCAAAAAACAGUUACAAAAAUGAUUCAUUAAUUGUACGAAGUAACCACAAUAAAAAUGAUCAGUCAAUCACAAAGAACAGUUGCAAAAAUAAUUCAUUAACUUCAAAUAGUAACAAAAAAAACAACAAUCAAUCAGCCAAAAAGAACAGUUACACAAAUGAUUCAUUGACUGCAAAUAGUAACCACAACAAUAAUGAUCAACCAGCCACAAAGAACAGUUACAUAAAUGAUUCAUUAACUGAAAAUAGUAACAACAACAAAAAUGAUCAAUUGGCAGAAAAAGAUAAUGAACAAAAUUUUAAUGAAAAUAGCAAUGAAAAUGACAAUGACAAUGAACAACUAACAGUAUGUAAACUAAAUUUUAACAGAUUUCAGAAAAACCUGAAACGUAAGGAAGAACAUAUAUCUUCAAGUAUUGGAAUAAAAACUCAAGCAUUAGAAAUGGUUGAUAAGUACAAGCUGUCAGUUGUAAAAAAAGCACUUAAAAAUCCUAGUUUAAAGCUAGACACACCAGGUCCCAAAAAACUCUUAAUAGAAAAAGAAAAUUCAUCGGUCAUACCUGGUGAUUCAUCAUUAAGUCAUUUAUUAACAAAAAAUAUUAUUGGAGAUUCUGUUGAUUUUGAAGUUAGGGAAGGUAAAAAAUAUCCAAAAAACAAUGAAAGUUUUGAAAAGCAAUGCAAUGAGAUUUCUAAUAAUGAAUUAAAUAAAGUUUGUGAGUUUGUCAGUGGUAACAUGCAAAAAUGUGAAAAUCUAAUUUCUUCUGAAAACUCUGAACAUAUACCAUUUCUUAAAAAGAUCUUUGCAAACUUAAUAGUAUUAGUGCCCUUUCAAGCAUGUUUGAGACAAAACUCUUGGGAGCCAUCGCAAACUAGGUUUUGUGAUUAUCAUAAUCGUGUUUUGGGUGCCGUUGUUGCUUACGUUAAAUCUAAAAAUGUUGUAAAAUCAGCAACAGAUGUAGUCUCUGAAAGUUUACAAUCUGAAUUCCAAAAGCUUCCUGCUAUGGAUAGUUUAUCAGAUAAAUUGCAGAUGCCUGGUAAUAGUAAUCUAAGUAUUGAAAGUAAUGCUGUAGAAAAAAAUGAAAGAUUGAAUGAAGCGUGUCAUUCUAUUGAACCAGACAGUGAAGCAAGACAAAAUACUGAUAUUGUUAUUAGAUCAAAGCAUACUAAUGAGUUAUCAACAAAAUCAUUAAGCGUAAGCCUUGCUGAUUCCACAUGCUAUUCAGAAAUUUAUCAAUAUGCUGCAAAUGAUUCCCCUAUAAUGAAAUCUAAUUACUUGCUACAAUUCAUGGAUCAGGAAUUGUGUCCUCAUAAGAAUACUGAAGAACAAAUAAAUUCAGUUGAACAAGUAAAAUCACCACAAGAAAAUUCUCUCAAAAGUACUCAUAUGUUUUCCGUUGAAGAGUCAAAAUCACCACAAAAAAUUACACCUAAAAGAUCAAACUUUUCAAACUUGAAAAGAAUUAAACUUUUACAGAUGAAAUCAAUUGAAGAAUCACCACGUGUGUUUUCAGUUGAAGGGUCAAAAUCACCACGAAUGCGCUCAGUCGAGGAGAAAUCAAAAUGUGGGUCCCCUGAUGAACAGUUAAACGAUUUAAGCACUGUUGAAAAAUCACCACAGAUUAUCACAAAUCUCGAGAGAUUAAAAUUUUCGUGUAUGUGUUCAAAUAUAACAUUACAUACUAUCUGUGCAUGCUCAAAUGAAAGAUUUAAAUUUUUAGAUGUAAGCAUGAAUGAAGAACUGCAAUCUCCAUAUACGAGCCUAUGUAAAGAAUUAGAUUUUUCAUCUGUAAGCAAAGUUAGAACACAUGAACAAUGCAAAGAAUGCUCUACAAAACAAAUUAAUAGUAAUGAUGUUUCUAUCAAAACAUCUCAAGUUUCAGAUGAGCUAUCUUUUAAUACAAAUGUUGAACAGCCACCACAUAUUCCUGAGUCUGUGGAAUCUCAGUAUCUUUCUGAGUCUGUGGAAUCUCAGUAUCUUCCUGAUUUGUCUUUACCCAAGUCUUUUAGGGAGUCUUUAAAAAUAUAUCAAAGUGGUACAAGUGAGUUCAAUAAUGGUAGAGAAAAUGGAUCUUCUAACAAUUUAAAUGAAGAAUCAAAUAGUCACAAUUUGAAAAUGAGUGAGAAGCUACAGUCAAAAGUAAACAAGCAAAUAAAUAUUCUUUAUAAACUUAAUAAAGAAAGAGAAGAACUUGAAAAAGAGUUGGAAAAAAAAAGUAAAGCUAUUGAAGAGGUUGCCAUAAAAUUACAAAACUUAUGCCAACAGAAAGAAGAAUUAAGGUCUGCAAAUAAGAAAAAUAAUACUAUACUUUCACAAAGUGCUGAACAUUCAUCAAAAAAAAGUUUUGAAAAAAAAAUAAAAGAAUGUUUAGAAACGAGCUCUUCAGAUAUUUUAAAAAAGAAAAUUGUAGAUUGUUGUAUGGGAUACAGUGGUCAUGCAAUAAAUAAUUACAAAAGUACUCAAUCAAAAACAACUUUGAAAAACAAAACUCUUUUAUCAAAUCAGUCGGUUGAACUCCAAAAAGAUUGUUCUUUGUUCUUAAAUAGUUUGUCAGCAGUUUCUUGAUUUAAGAAUAUCGUUGCUACGACAAGAAAAAUUUAAAACUAAUUAAUGGAAAGUACUUACUUGUAUCUAUUUUUACACAUAUAUUUUUUUAACUUGUA